AUGAAUUAUGGUUCGAGUUCUAAUCAAUUCGAUUGGGUUGCGUAUAAUGAGCAAAUACUUGAUGAAGACAACGAAGCAGAUACACUUGCUCGUCUACACUAUGAAGCAGCCGUUAAUCAAGAGGUUGUAUACGGUGGCUCUAUUUCUGGACGCAAAUAUAAACCUCGCGACCGAAAGGUUACAGUUGCUAUGCGAAUGUUGGCUUACGCAUACUCCGCUGAUUCAAUUGACGAAACUUUCCAUAUGGCAAAGACGACCGCAACUGAGACCUUGCGCGAAUUUCGCCAAACAAUUUUGCGGUUGUAUAAAGAUGAGUACCUUUGUUCUCCAGCAAACGCAGAUAUGACAAGGCUACUUGACAAAGCGGAACAACGCGGGUUCCCUGGAAUGAUCGGUUCAAUAGACUAUAUGCAUUGGACAUGGAAAAAUUGUCCACCUGCAUGGGAGGGAAGCUCGGGGAGAAAACAUAAACCCACAAUUAGUCUCGAAGCAGUGGCUUCAUCUGACACUUGGAUAUGGCAUGCAUUCUUUGGCGUACCUGGUUCACAAAGCAAUAUCACUGUCUUGGGUCGUUCACCCUUGUUUGACAACCUUGUUCAGGGAAUUUCCCCAAGAGUUCACUAUCAGGUAAAUGAAAAAUAUCACUACAUGGCAUACUAUCUUGCUGAUGGCAUAUACCAAAAAUUGGCCCGAUUUGCUAUAGUGAAGCAGCCUGGAAGAGGGUGGGAUCCGAAGGACCUAAGAAAUAUUAUGAUGACAUGUAUCGUACUCCAUAAUAUUAUUGUGGAAGACGAACGAGAUGAAUACUCUAAUGCUGAGUCAGAUGAAGAUGACAACAACCCAGCCACAUCUCGCAGAGCUCGUGCCAACAGUUAUGAUAUAAAUGAGGAAUAA